UUUAGUUAUGGUGUAUAAAUAUUUUUCAGUUCAAAGAAGAAAACUACUCAUCUUCUGUUUUCCGCAAGUAGGGUCUUAACUCUUUAAUACCUUCAAAGAUAAUAUUCCUUCGAAUGAAACUCAUAAACCAAAACAGAAAUUACAAAAAGAGAUAUUUUUCAAGAACAACAUAAUUAGAAAAGCAGAAGCAGCAGUUAAGUGGUACUGAGAUAAAUAAUAAUAAGAAUAUAUAGUAUCUCUUCAGUCUUCAGGACCAAUUUCUCCAUUACCACCCACCGUCUCCUUUUUUGUUUGCUGAUCUAUCAUUAUCUUGACAAUUCAGGUCAGUAGGUGCGUGUUUUGAUUCAUUAAUUUGGUGAUAUGAUAGGAUCAAUGGAGGAAGGAGGAAGUAGUCACGAAGCAGAUAAUAGCAAGAAGAUAGGGAGAGGAAAGAUCGAGAUAAAGAGGAUAGAGAACACGACAAAUCGUCAAGUAACUUUCUGCAAACGACGCAAUGGUCUUCUCAAGAAAGCUUACGAGCUCUCUGUCUUGUGUGAUGCCGAGGUUGCUCUCGUUAUCUUCUCCACUCGUGGCCGUCUCUACGAGUACGCCAACAACAGUGUGAGGGGUACAAUUGAAAGGUACAAGAAAGCUUGUUCUGAUGCUGUCAAUCCUCCUUCCGUAACCGAAGCUAAUACUCAGUAUUAUCAGCAAGAAGCCUCUAAGCUUCGGAGGCAGAUUCGGGACAUUCAGAAUUCAAACAGGCAUAUCGUUGGGGAAUCACUUGGUUCCUUGAACUUCAAGGAACUCAAGAAUCUCGAAGGACGGCUUGAAAAAGGAAUCAGCCGCGUCCGAACUAAAAAGAACGAGAUGUUAGUGACAGAGAUAGAGUAUAUGCAAAAGAGGGAAAUGGAGUUGCAACAUGAUAACAUGUAUCUGCGAGCUAAGAUAGCCGAAGGCGCCAGAUUGAAUCCGGAUCAGCAGGAAUCGAAUGUGAUACAAGGGACGACUGUUUACGAAUCCGGUGUGUCUUCACAUCAGUCGCAUCACUAUAAUCGGAACUAUAUUCCGGUGAACCUUCUUGAACCGAAUCAGCAAUUCUCCGCCCAAGACCAACCUCCUCUUCAACUUGUGUAAACCAGAACAUGAACACUUGUUUCUUCCCCAUCAAAACGAGAGAGAGACUAGAGAGUUUAUUAUAUAUAUCCUAUAAUGCAACUUCUUAUUCAUAAGUUUAGGUUCUAAUAAUAAAUGGGAAUACCAAAACUCUUGUUUCUAUUGCCUAAUUACAACAGUAUAUCAAUCCAAAAGUUAUAAACCCC